CAAAGCAAGAAAAUGGAAAGCCAAGGUCCGAACAUCACACACAGGGCUGGCGAAAGGCCUGUGCCUGGUCAAGCUCAGAUGCAGAGAGAUGGAUUAGUGAACCAACCCUCCGAUACCCAAAACCAAGGGCAAGAGAACAACUUUCUUCAACAGACUGGGGAUAGUGUUAAGAACAUGGCACAAGGAGCAACAACAAUAGCCCAAGGAGCUGUACAAGGAGUUUCAAACGUGGCACAAGGAACUGCACUAGGAGCAGCAAACAUAGCACAGGGAGCUGCUGAUGCAGUCAAGAACACUCUGGGGAAGAACUCACCAGAUAACCUCUCCGCCUACUAGCAAUAUCAACCAACACACCUACUACCAAUAUCAAUUCAAUAAGUGUUCAUCAUCAUUUUUCAUUUCUGGGUUGAUCUCAUCUUCGCUAAUUAAGUCGUCGUGAUAUGUUUAUCACAACUGUUCUCGUUGUCAUUUCAUUUUUUUGA